AUGAAAUGUUCAUUUUGUAAGCAACCAAAUCAUAAUGCUAGGGGUUGUCCUAAAAAACAUGUUUCUGAAAAAACCACUCAAGGGUUAGAUGUGCCGGCUGCCAAUGAGAAUGCAAGAAAGGCCUCAAGAUCAAGAAUUAAACCAGUUUCUGCAUUAAGAGGUGAAGGGUCAACUGUGUUGUCAACAGAAAAUGAAGUUGGAGGAGUGGCCACAAGAUCAAGAAUUAACAAACCAAUUUCUGCAUCAAGAAGUGAAGGGUCAAAUGUGUUGUCAACAACAAAUGAAGUUGGAGGAGUGGCCACAAGAUCAAGAACUAAAAAUCCAGCUUCUGCAUCACCAAAUGAAACUGGAAGAAUGGCUACAAGGGCAAACAGUAAGGGUACUAAAAGAGUUCUUGAAGUGGGUGUUUGUGGUGGAGCUGAGCCUUUCAAAGUUGCUACUACCCAACAAUCUCAGAAUGCACCUAAAGCCAAAAAAAUGAACAUUCACAAGGGGAAGGAUAAGAGGAACAAGACCCCUGAAAAAGCUAGGCAUUAG